GAGGACAAAUAGUAAUAAGACCAUCUAAACAAGCACAUACAAUGAUUUGGCAUCAAAAUGAUCCAAUUGAUGAUGUUCCAAUCAUGGCAUUUCAAAUACAGCAUCAUCCUAUUACACCACCAACACCACCACCAGUAGUAAAUCGACCUCAACAAAGAACUCAAUUUCAACAACAACCAUUACCAUCAUUCCCACAUUUUCAAUCCGUGAUACCUAUUAAUCUUUGGGAUCAUUCAACAACAACAAUGACAAUGCUUUCACCUAAACCAAGUCCAACAUUUUCAGAAUCAGAAAUUAAUAAUAAUGAACCAACCACAAAUUCUAUUCUUUUAUCUCCAACACCAUCACUUCAUGAUGAUAUAGGAGAUAUUGUUUCCUCACCUUCUAACUCAUCAAUUGAUCAUACGAGAGUAAUAUCUGAUGAUGAAAAAGAACGAUUUGGAUUGAUUAGUUUAACAUCGACUACAACUGGAUCACCACAAUCACCUUCAUUAUUUACAGUAGAAGAAUUUAUUGAAAUGUGGUCCAAUUCUUCAAGUGUAACAGAUGACUUAUCUGUAGUAGAACCAAUUUGGAAUUGUUAAUUAUCAAGUGAAAAUGGGGUUCAAAUAUUUCUUUGUUUGUCAUAUCUUUAUUCAAUUUCCAAAAAUAACUUCGGAAUUCGGAAG